AAUCAUAAUCAUAAUUAUUUUUAUGAUGGAUUUUCUUUGCUUCAACCGUAAAAAUAUUCUUAAGAAGAAUUGAAUCACAAACCGAUUGGCCUUUGUCCACCUUUUUUUUUUGAUUGUUGGUCGCGACUUUAGUCUUGUAUACAAUUGACCACAACAUUAAUGACAAACACAGACAACAGACACGACAGGUGACAUCCAUGACACACACACACACAUCUGUCGUGUCUAGUCUGUCUGGUUAUUCGUAUACAAUCGACAACAACAACAACAAGGACCAAUAAAGUUCUACAAGGGCUUUUGACCACUGACAAUAGGGGAUCGGCGACGACUAUUACGCUGACCCUGUCGCCAUUUUCAUGGUAUAAUUUUCUCAAUAAUGAAAAAAGAAAACAAAAGCCAAAACCAAAACAAAAAAAAAACAAAAAAACAAUACACUCGUCGCAAGCAAGUUUUUACCUCUCUCAGCAAGCUAAAUUUUUAUAAUAGAUAUAUAUUAACCGCCAUCAAAUGCUGUACCUUAUAAUAUUAUUGACCACUACCCCUACGAGUAUAUAUAACCUAAAUAAUUAUGAUGAUGAUGAUGAUUAUGAUUAUCGUCAUCAUCAACCACUAGUUGCAUUUCAUGAACGUUAUUUUUUUUUUUUGCAAACCUAAAAAAAACCAUCGCUUCUAUUUUCACUACCACUUCCUCCAUAAUCAAAAGAAAAAUACAAGGUAUUUGAACGCAAGCUUUUUGUUGUUAGCAUGCAUGCAUGCAUUCAUGUAUGGAAAAUUUAAAAAAAAAAAAAAUUAUCGAAUCCUCAGAUUUUUUUUUUCCUCAAUGUUGGCAUGGUUUGUCUGUUGUUGGUGUGUUUGUGAAUGUUUGCAUGCGUGUUUGUGCUGUAUUCGAUUGAUCCAAUAUACAUCAAUUAUUAUUUAUCAUCAUCAUCAUCAAAUUAUUGAACAACGAUCCAAAUAAUCAGAUUAUCAACCAACGAAAACCAUUAUCAUCAUUAUUCAAAAUAAUAAUUAUUACUGUAUUGGUGGUACUGGCUGUGGUGAUUGUGUGGAUAAUAAUAUGACAACGAUAAAACGAAUGUUAAAAAUGUCCGGCGAAUGGUAUGUACAUUUGGAUCGAUUAUCAUCACCAUUGAAUCAUAAUCAACGAUGUACAUAUUCAAUGAUGAGCUAGAAUAAAAAAAAGAUGACUGAUCAUCGUAAAUGAGAAUCAACAAAAUAUACCACAAUAAACAAAUGAUUCUCAUAGUCGGUUAUCUUGUCUUAAAAUCCAAGAAGAUUCUAACAAACUAUAUAUUAAAACAACAAUCAUUGAAAAAAACUAAUAAAUCUCUCGAUGCUACCGAAUAUAAAAUAUAAGCUUAUAAAUCGUUUGCUAAAAAAGAUUACUUCCAUUCAACAUGAUCAUCAUCAAAAUCAUCAACAACAACAACGACAACAACAACAAAAUAGACUAAUGAAUGAAAAUGACAUUUUUCAAUAUCAACAACGACCGAAUGAUUGGCUAAAUAAUAUUACCGAUUUGUUUGCCGGUAUUUGUGGCCGCAACAGCGGCAGCAGCAGCAGCAACAGCAGCAAUGGUCAAACAAAACAAACAUCAUCAUCCAUGCAAAAUAUACGUCAAUAUUUUCAACUAUUACAUCGAAAGGAUUUAGAAUUAUUGAUAAAAAUUAUUGAAAAUGAAAAUAUUAAUAAUUGUAUCAUUCCAUGUGACAUUUCUCAUCAUCAUCAUCAUCAAAUAUAUGAAAUCAUUUAUUGGAUGAUUGAAAAUAUUCAUAAUGUUAAGUUAAUGAAUCAGAAUGAUGUUGUUAAUGAUUAUGAUCAUCAAACAAUAAUAAUACCAUUACCAUGGUGUCGAAUGUAUAAUUCUCAUAAUAAUAAUAAUCCUCAUCAUCAUAUUUCAAAUUCAACAUUAUCAUCUUCAUUAUCAUCAUCAUCAUCAUCACCAUCAUCAUCAUUGUGUUUGAAUCCAUAUCAUUGGGCUGUGUUGAUACCACGACCAGAUUAUCAACAGUAUUAUGAUGGUGAUCAAAUUACGUUCGAUGAUCAAUUACAAUUAAUUGAUAAUGAUAAUAAUCAUGAAAUUAUUAAUUUUGAUAAACGAAUUAAUUCAUUUGGUUGUUGUGAAACAAUAUCGAUACUAUCAUCAUCACCAGAAUGUGAUUUAUCAUUAAAUAAUCCACAACGACAACGAACGAAAAAAUGGGCUCGUAUUUCGUAUUGGGAAUUUAAGGAAAGAAAAAUAACUGAUAUUAAUGCUCGAAAUUCGAUUGUUUUUAUUGGCUACAAUACUACGACAGCCGAUAACGAUGAAUCAAUGGAAUCAAUUUCAUUAUCAUCGUUAUUAUCAUCAACAAUAACAAACAAUAAUAAUAAUGAAGAACAACAAAUAAAACAAGAACGACGAAUGAAUCAUACACGAAUGAGAAUUGGCAAUGGUAUUGCAUUAUUUCAUGAUUCACAACAAAAUGUGUGGAUAUAUAAUCGUUCAAAAACAUGUUCAAUAUUUAUUGAAUCACCAUUAUAUUCCAAAUCAUCAUCAAAAUCAAAAAUGAUGAAUGUGGUCAAAGUAUUACCUGGCCAUUCAAUUAAAGCAUAUGAUUAUCAAUUAUCACAACAGAUUCAACAUUAUCGGUCAUCGUCAUUACAAACAACCAGAAAAGAUAUCGAUAGUUUUCGUUUCAGUUUUGUUAAAGGUUUUGGAGUUAAUUAUAAAUUAAACGACAUAACCAAUUGUCCUUGUUGGAUGGAAGUAAUACUUUUUCUUUAGCAAACAACCACCUUCCCAUUCCCUUCAUGUCAUACUUGUAUUAUAUAAUAAUGUUAACAUACGUUUUUUUAUCUUUUUUUUCCAUUAGUUCCUAAACUAAGUCAUUAUUUUCAUUUGUUUUUUUUUUAAAUUUCUUGUUCACUCAUUCAUACACUCACUUCAACAUCCAUCCUAACACACACCUAAUUUACAUGCUAGUCGUUUUGUACAACGAAAAAAAAAAUGAUAUUCAUUGACUUGUCAUACUAAACAAACAAACACAUACACACACACACACACACCUCCCAUCAUUCAUAAAUAUUUAUAUAUCAUUACAUACACACCUACAUUUAUUAUCAUUAUCAUUAAAAAAAAACUUGCACGGAUUUGGAAUUUUGCAA